UCUUGAUAUUGAAGUUGUGUUACUCAAUGGAAGGAAGUUCUGUGUUCGACACAGAUAAUCAUCAAUAUCGCGAAAAAUCGCAGUUAUCACAGGGCGAUCGCGGCGUGCGCGCGUGUUGCCAUGUGCGAGUGAUGCAACUGCAUUAAGAUGUCACUGUGUAAUACUUUCAGGUUAUUCGCGUUAAGCUUGGCCAUUGUUUUGACUCUCAUUGACACACCUGCAGAUACGUUUACAAUUAGUCGGCCAGGAGAUUUUCACGACACUUUUGUAGACCUUGAUCAAGAAGAAAGUAUAAGAUUAGAAGUUAGGGAUGAUUUAACGCGGCCGAAUGAACUUGAAGUUUCUGAUAGGCUCCUAACAAGUGAAACUGAGACAAAAGAAGUCUUUAGUAUACCUGUGACAACUGGUAAUGAUCAAACGCCUGAAAACAGUUCAGGUACAUCGAAAAGUUUAGACUUUGCGACGGGAGAAUCUUCGACUGCGCAAGAAAUAAAUUCUGAUAGCCCCGAGGCAAAUGAAAACAAUGGAGCUUUCACUACAACAUCAAAAAUAAAUGAUGAUGAAAUUAAUAAAAGUACAUUCGAAAAAUAUGGGCAUAUAUCACAGAAUCAUACUUCAUCAGAGGAAAAGUAUUUUCCAUCUUGGAAGAAAUAUACAAUCAUUAAUAGAAAGCCCAUAAACAACCUCCAUAGUGAUCAUAAAAUGUCAGAAAAUAGAUCUGAAGAAAUGAUUACAGACGAAACGGGUCAUCCAUUACAAGAUUCUAAGACAGGAGAUAUACCAUCCCUAAACCAGAUAAAAAGUUUUCUUUCAUUCUUCAAAUCCGAUGCUCAAAACGACACAACUUCUAGCAAGGAGGUAACAGAUCAAUCAGUGAACGACAACCUUGGUCAAAUACAACAAAACACACCGACCACUACUGCUAAAGAAAUACCUGCCACAGUUGAGUCCAAACGGGGUGGAUUUUUAGAUUUCUCUUUAAAAUCUUUAUUUGAAGAUAAUGACGAUAAAAAGGAUGGUUCACAGGAACUAAGCACCCAGCGCCCAAAGAAUAGAAAAUUAAGUUGGCGUAUUGGUUCAAGAUAUCGAAACAAAGAAGAUAAUUCUGCUGAAAAACAAGGAAGAAUCCGUUUUAGAUUUAGGAAUGACGAUGAUAAGAAUAAUAAUGAUCGCAAGAAAGAUAAAGCUGAUAUUAAAACUAUCCCAGAGAGCCAAGAGGAAAUUAACACAAAAAAUAAGGAUGCUGAUGAUAAAAACAAAAUUUCUAUAAGUGAUAAGGAACAAAAUGAUAAUAAUAGGGAAGAUUCCUCUGUGGAUUUGAAAAAUAACAACGAGAGUAAAGAACAAGGCAUCCACGAUGAUAUGAAAGGUGAUGUAAAAGAAAAUUCCCGUGAUAGAAAUGGUUCAAAGACUGAUCAGCAAAUAUUGAAAGAGUGGCAAGAUUUUGACCAAAAACAAGAAAGAAAAGAUAACAUAAACAUAACAGAAUCUACAACUAAAGAUUUUGAUGACAACAAAAAUGACGAUGAAGAUUUAAAAAACAUAAAUUACUUCCAAUCAAAGGAUGCUAAAGAAACUACACCCGAAAGCAAUAAAAAAGAAAUCAACACGGAAAAUUUUAAACAAAAUGAAGAAAAAAAAGAACAAGUUGUAAAUAUAUGGAAAAUCGAUUCUAAAGAGGAUUAUGAUCAAUCUCGAUCACGCCAAAGAAAUGAAAAAGGACAGUCAAAAGACAGAGAUAAUGACAGAAGAAACAACAGUAAAGGUGAAUACAGAAAUCGUGAAAAUCAAAACUUAGAAAAACCGGUAAAUGACAAAAAUGACGACAGAUAUCGAUCCCGAAUAAGAAAUGAAAAGGUAAGAGAUAACGACCAACGAAGUGAAAAAUCGGAAAGAGAUAAAGAAGAAAGAAAUCAUAAUAAUAGGAAUUCUGAGAAAAUUAUGAAUGAAAAAUAUGAAUCCAGGUCUCGAUCUCGUCCCAGAGAAGAAGACGAAACAUCUGACUAUAACAGAAGGCAAGAAAAUUCUAAAAACGAAGACAGAAAUAACAACAGAAGAAGUGAAAGGCCUGACAAAAAUAAGGAAGAAAGACAUCGUGAUAAUAAAAGUUCUGAAAAGAUAAUGAACGAUAAAGACGAAUCUAGAUCUCGUUCUCGUUCUCGUUCAAGAAACGAAGAAGAGUCUUCAAAAAGUAAUAGUAGAAGCAAAGAAUUUUCUAGGGAUAGAGAUAACAACAGAAGAAAUGAAAAGUUUGAGAAAAAUAUAGAAGAAAGGAUUCGUGAUAAUAAAAGUUCUGAGAAGAUAAUGAUUGAGAAAGAUGAAUCUAGAUCGCGCUCUCGUUCACGAAAUGAAGAUGAAACAUCUAAUAACAACAGCAGAAGAAAAGAAAGUUCAAGAAAUGAAAAUAGAGAUAGCAGAAGAAACGAAAAUCUAGAAAAUAUAAAGCAGGAAAAAAGUCGGGACAAUAAAAGCUCUGAAAAGAUAAUGAAUGAUAAAGACGAAUCUAAAUUUCGUUCUCGGUCAAGAAAUGAGGAAGAAUCAACUAAUUCUAACAGAAGGAAUCAAAAUUCUAAAAAUAGAGAAAGUGAAAGAAUUCGUUCUCAAUCAAGAAAUGAUAAUGAAAGGGAAAAUGACAACCGAAAAUUCCAGUCACCUGAUAAAAUAGACACGGUAAGUCAAAAACAAAUCGAAGAGAAAAAUGCAGAAAUUAAUAAGAGUACAUUAAAAAUUGAUAUAGAAACAGUAAGCAACAUACCAACUCAAACCCCAAUUCAAGAAGAAUAUAAUGAAAAUAAAAAUGAAGAAAGUGAAUAUAAACAGUCUAAUAAAGCGCCUAUGUUAGAUGAAUAUACCAAAAAGUUCCUAUCAACUAUAGAGGAAGAGGAUGAAACUGAGACACAGGGCCCAGCUGUAAUUGAAAACGAGAGUUUUACUUCUAAAACCAAACAGACAGAACAGCAAAACAUUGUGGCAGUGAAGUAUCCGUCUGACUUUAAGUUUAACGACAUGGAAACGACACAGGAAAAUUUAGAACCCAAUGAACCUUAUAAAAUAACAACUGUUGUUAAUCCUGACUUAAGUGAAGAAUUAAAAAUCAAAGAAAAUUAUAAUGUUUAUCUAGCAACGCAAAAGGAUUCGCAAUCUAAAGUCGCAAUAUCUCCGGAUGUUAAAAUUCAAGAUAAUAGAAUUGUCUUUAAAGACGAUAAAGUUGAAGAGCGAAAGGAGGGAAAUAAGUUCGAAAAACAAACUACAUUUCAACCUUAUCCCACAUUGUCUGAGGAACGUACGACAGCAAAUGAUGAUUAUGGAAAUAAAAAAAUUAAUGUUAAAGAAUCAGAAACUUUUAUACAAAUGAAUGAAGAUGAUAUAAGAGAAGAAUUCUUAAAAGAAGAGAUGAUUAAUAAUUAUGAGGAAAAUAAAGGAAGAUACCAAGGAGAUUCUAUUGAAACUACUACAAUGCCGCAAACUACGAUUCCUGUUAAAAUCUAUGAAGUUAGUAAGCCAGUUAUGAAAGAUACAAGUGAUGAAAAAUUAAGUGUUAAGCCAUUGAGUAUACUAGAGAAGUUGAAAACUACAAUUUUAUAUCCCGUAAGUCCAAACUAUAAGCCCCCGAAAAAAAUAGAAGUGCAACCGCCUAAAACUUUUGUUAGAGAUCCCGAUGAUAACAGUUGGCGAAAUGAGAGCCUAAGUUCUCUGGGAAUUGUUUUCAAUCCGAAGAACUCCUCAAAACCUUUCACUCAAGUCUUAAAAAAUAAGACUGAGACGGAAUGGAACAAUCUGCUGGAACGAUCAAAUAAAAACGAGACGCCUGAUCUGAGAGAGAGAUUGGAAAAAAUUGCUGAGAUGAGAAAAACUAAGAAGAAGAAGACAGAUGCAUAUGGCAAUGUUUAUUAUAAUGACUAUGAAGAUGGAAAUUCAAAAGAAAACGUUUUAUCAAACGAAAACUACUCAUCUGUCUCUACGGAAUCAUACAGGAAAUCCACAACAUUGCUAACAACGGAAAUUACGACCACAACACCGAAACCCACGACUACCACAAGUACCCAAGCUACCACAACAAGAACUACUCAAGUUCCUACUACCGUGAAGGCACGUAUCGAUACCACGACUGCCAAACCAAAAGCUACAACUGAGAAAACAAAGAAAGUGUUUAAUGUUGCUGAAUACUACGAUUCCUCAGAUGAAGAUGACGCGGACUACCUGACAUUGGCCAAAAUAGACUUAAAAAAGUUUACCGUCCCGAUCCAGAACACCCCAGAGGUUAAUACUCCUCCUUCUUGGCCGGUAACUAACAACAGAUAUACUCAUAACAGGCAUGAUGAUAGAAAACCUACUGUUCAAUAUUUCCCACCUUUAACUACGCAGAAGGCUAUGUAUAACAACAAGGGUUAUGACGAUUUCAACCAUAAGAUGAAUGCCUAUACGGAUACCGCUCCGCCAACCAAUGUUCUACCAGUAUCAUAUCCAAAGAAAACAACCUCUCUACCGAAAGCCCGAAAGGAACAUAUGUUUACACCAACUUUAAAAAGUACUUUUGGAAAUUCAUUUACAACCAAACCGAUCCAAUAUGAGAAUGAUGCCUACAUAACGCCCGCUCCUGAAAUAACUGCAGGCAAAGAUGCGUAUACGUUCGUUACUGACGAUGGUAGCUUCAACAAGGCUUCAGACGUCAUAAAGCAUUACAGAGACUUUUUAAAUGCCGUGGCUAAAGAUCACGAGGAAGAUAAAAACGCGGAUUACAUUCAAUAUACGAAAAUUCCAACUCAAGGUGUUACAUUGAAUGAUGCUUUCAUACCAAAAGCAAAGACAAAGCCAGAUGUUCCCGAAAAUUACGACUAUGAUACUGAUUACAAAAAAGACGUGUUGCAACGAUUUGUGCACAAUUUCAACGAAAAUAGCGAACGAUUUAAAUCGAAUUUACCGCUGUUGUAUAACAACAGUAUUAUCCACAGCGAAUUACACGGAGAGCACGGCAGAGAUGUCGCUUCGUCAAGGGCUUACUUGAGCAGACUUUUGACUCGACCCGACGGCGACUGUGAGAACAACUCCACCGUCGAACUUUCCCCUGCGUAUGAGCUGCACUAUUACGUGCCGGAGCAGGAAGAGAAAGAAGAAUUAGAUCCUAAGUCAGUCACGCUUCCAUACCAAUACCAGUUGUAAAUCCUAUUCGGACAUAUUAUGUAAAUAAUAAAUGUAGUUUAAGUUAAGUUAGGUUAGGCGAUGAAUUAUCUGCAAUAAAGCAAGCAGAGACCGUGUUGCAACAGUGCGUUAUUGGUAGUCAAGCGGAACCGUUAAUACCAUUUCGACGGCGAUGUGUAGGUACAUUAUGAAAAACGCUGCCAACCAAGUGUGUUAUAAGUUAAUCCUUCACAUUAAUUAACUUUUGUAGUUAUUGAUAUAAUUAUCGUUACUACAUGUUAAAUUGGUUGUUAUAUAAUAAAAUUUCGAUUAAUCAAUUAUGUCGUAUGUUUGAGCCAAAGAUUUAUUGUUAUGUAAAACUUUUAAAGAUUCUUUUAAGGAAUUGUAUUCAUAAAAUCGAUGUCUGUUAUACGAGAACUUUCUGUGAUCAUUAUUCACGCGCGUGUCAGUUCAGUUAUUUGAAUAUUGUAGCAAUUUGAAAGGUAGGGCCAAUAUUGAAAUGGUUGUGUUAUGUGUCUUUGUGAUAAGAAUAAAUAUGUUGUACAAAG